GUAAGCCAUCAGCCUGCUGCUGUAUACCGGGGGGGGGGGCUCCUCAACGCGGAACUCCUCUCCUCAGUCGCGCCGCGGACUGGACUUGACCGUCGUAGCCCGCCUCUCUGCAGCGUUUUGCGGUCAGAUAUGUUCGGUGUGGAGCAGUGAAGAGGAGGGGGGGGGGGGUCUGUGUGCCGCUGCUCAGGGGGAGGAGCCAGUUGUUGAUUCUACGCUGCAUAGAGAAGGCGCCGCACAGAGAGGGUAAGGGACUGUUUGCUGUGAAGAGGAGGCCUAAAAUGAUGAAGGACAGUCAGCCGGUUCAGGACUAGCUCAGACCGAGGGAACUGCAGUGGAGGUGGAGAAGGAAGAGGAGGAGGGGGGGGGGAGAAAACCUGAAGACCAGACCUUGGAAAGACUAGUGAUGUUCCCCUCUGACAGGGAUUACCUCCUUCCUGUCGUCUACCUCUCCAUCUCUCCCGCUUUUCUUCCCUCACACAGCAGAGCAGCCGCCAGGCUCCAAGACUCAGAGCAGUGACAGCUCACUGUGCGCACACGCACACUCACACACACACAGACGCGCACACACACACACGCACACCCGCUUUUUCAUCUUGCUCAUGAUAGUUGGCCUGCCCUCCUCAGCCACUGCCCCUGCUCUACUUCUAGACCAUGAAGAGGCCCAAGCAGCAGACGGGGCCGCUGAGCUUCCUAAACUUCUUCAGCAGAAAGCCCAAAUCGGAGCCAAAGCCCGAGAGGCAGGUGGAAGCCCGGCCCAGAGAGGAGGUGGCAAUCACCCUGACCCCGAGCGAGCAUCCAGAGCAGGAUCUCAGCCUCACAGCACAAGAGGCCGGAGAAUCAGGAGUUUCUGGAGGAGAAAGAGGAGAAGGAGGAGGUCCGCCAGCAGCGGCGGAGGUAGGCGAGGACGGGGCCGCCACAGCUGAGUGCGUGGGCGGGGUCAGCUGCGGCUCCACUGGGGUCCUGUCCCUAUCCUCCUCCAGCCAGGAGCAGCUAUUGGAUGAACAUCUGGAGGAGUGCCCACUGUGCCUGCUCAGUCAACCGCGUUGCCACUUCCCACGACUCACCUCCUGUUCCCACCGAACAUGCUCCGACUGCCUCCGCCAGUACCUACGCAUUGAGAUAACAGAGAGCCGGGUGGGCAUCGCGUGCCCUCAGUGCCCUGAGACACUGGCGCCACUGGACGUUCGUGCCAUCCUGGAUGACCGAGCGCUGCUGGAGCGGUUUGAGGAGUAUCAGUUGAGGCGCUUCCUGGCUGCUGACCCAGAUACACGCUGGUGCCCCGCGCCUGACUGCAGUUAUGCCGUGAUAGCUUACGGCUGUGCAGAGUGUCCCAAGCUGAGCUGUGGCCGUGAGGGAUGUGACACCGAGUUCUGCUACCACUGUCGCCAGCUAUGGCACCCCAACCAGACGUGUGACCAGGCCCGGCGCCAGCGGGCCCGCCACACCUCAGGCGGCAAUGAUGCCUCCACGCUGUACGUCUUCAAUGAAGAACCUGGAGGAGAGGAGAUCAAAGCGUGCCCUCGCUGUGGUGCGUACAUCAUGAAGACCAACGAUGGCAGCUGUAACCGUAUGAACUGCACUGUGUGUGCCUGUCAGUUCUGCUGGCUGUGUAUGCAGGAGAUCACCGACGUGCACUACCUCAGUCCCUCAGGAUGUACAUUCUGGGGGAAAAAGCCAUGGUCCCAGACCCGCAAGGUUCUUUGGCAGGUGGGCAUGUUGCUCGGAGCACCGGUGGUCAUCUCCCUAAUAGCGGGCAUCGCCAUCCCAGUCAUCAUUGUGGGCAUACCAAUCUACAUGGGCCGCAAGGUUCAUGGUCGCUGUAAGAAAAACAAUAUCUCAGGAAGUAAGCACUACUUGACUGUGGCAAGUGGGGUGAUGAUGUCAGUGUUUGUGUCGCCGGUCAUAGCAGCUGUCACUGUGGGUGUGGGUGUGCCGCUAAUGCUGACUUAUGUAUAUGGCGUCGUCCCAAUGUCGCUCUGUAGGAAUGGUUGGUGUCGACCGCCGAGUGAGCCCCCUGAAACACACAAAAUCCAGCUGGAGGACUUAGCGAGCUAUCUUCUAUUCUCUCAUGUAGUCAGUGACCACUGGACAGGUCAGAACAACCCAACGCUGAACGACACCAGUGUCCAGGAAGUCAGAGUCAGUGUACAGGAAGUGGGCGUCCUCCCUAGUACAAGCACCACGCCCCCGGAGCAAGAUAGCUAUGAGGAAUUGGAUGAAGCCACAAAACACCACGGAUACACCCAGCAGAACAGCCAGUCAGACUGCGAGGUGGUUAUUGUGCCUGACAGCAAGCUCGAUGACACACAAGCACUUCCUUUGAGAGAAGGAACCAAUAUUGAGGUCCGUGUGGAAAUUGAGACCCAUCCCAGAGGCGCCCGCCAGUCCAGCCUAAGUAGUAUCCUGUCCAGCCGAAGCUUGUCGGUGGAGUCCCUGGGACGCUCCCAGUCCCAGUCCCAAGACUACCUGUGUGCCUCAGAACAGGAAGAACGACGAGAAGGAGAGGAGCAAGAAGGACGAGAUAAACCAGGAGGGGAAGCAGGAGGAGACGAAGGGACAGUUUUCCCAGUCUUUGAAAUAGACGGUGUAUGAGGUCCUCUAAUGCAGGCUUUGUACUUGGUUGAAGAUGAGUCUGACAUGUCACUGGAUUGACCUGAGAAUCGUUGGUCAAGGCCACCUCCAAGACAGGCCCUCCCACCAGUUGCCUUCUAGCUCCAGCCUCUAAGGAAGACGCGGGUUUAGAGAGAGCAAAUGAAAAAAUGUGUGAUUGUGUGUAUGAGACAAAUAGCAUGAGACUAUGGCAUAGAAAUUGGAGGGGGAUAAAAUGUGAAGCAGACAGGCUAGCAUCCAUCAGUGAAUCAAAAAACGGAAGUGACUGAAAGCAUGUUAGCUGACUGGUUCAGUCUGUUUUUCUAUGUUGUCCUUUCUGUAAAAGGCUACCUUACUCCCCCUCUAUUAUGAAUCUGUUUCAUGAAGCCCUCUCUUUAUCUGGCUGUAUUCAUACACUUCUUUAGUGACCUCACCUCCCUCUUCUCUCUCCCUUUACAAAUAAAGAGACCCCCACAAGCAUGAUUUGUUUUCUGGGGGAUUAAGAAUCUAA